AUGCGACGUAUCUGCAAUCGCAGCAACAGCAGCAGCAGCAGCCAUCGCAUUUGCACCACGGCAGUGCCGCUGUCGCCGCUCAUAUGUUGGGCGUCGGUAUGGGCCCGGCUGCGGCAAUUGGACGAGCAUGAGCAGCAACAGGUCCCGCAUCCAUUGAAGAAGAAGCCGACACUGGCCAGACGCAUCCGGCCGACCAAUAGCACCAGCAACAAAACAAAGCCACUGAUCACCGAUAAGCCCGAAAUCCACACAUACACAAAGCUGAAGCAAACUGCCGUUAGCUUCCAGCAGCAACACCACAAUGAAGAAGACGAUCUCAGCAGCAAUAGCAGCAGCUCUUCCACGUUUUCAUCGUCCUCGCAGCAGCAUUCCUCGGUGGACUAUGAGGCGGAGGAUGAGAACGAGGACAAACAGCGACAGAGAAGGCACAAAGAUGAGACCGAUAGCCUAAUACAUGUGCAGAACUUUCUGAAAUGCUUUGGUGCCAACGCCGCGACGGUGAGGCCUCCAACAGCAACUGUUGCAGUUGCCGCUACAGUGUCAGAUAAAGUGAGUGCAACAUCGAGCUCUGAGCUGCGCAGAUGGCGGCAAUCACAUCGUGCAACAGCUGCUGCCACCACAACAGCAACAGUAACAUCAACUAUAACAGCAGCAACAAUGAGCGCCAUUCAAGCAACAACAACAGCACCAACAAUAACCACAUCAACAAUAACAACGCCACAAACUCUUUUGAGCAACACCAAACCGCAAAAAUUUCAAAUCAAUACCAAAUUUUUACGCAAGCCGCGUAACAAAUUAAUGAAAAUGCUGCCAACAACAAUGUUGCAGCAGCAGCAACAGCAGCAACAACAACAACAACCAGAACAGCAAACACAGCUAUUUAUCGAUGAUUCCAACGCCAAAUUCAAAGACUUUUCAAUUGACUCGUUAUUGAAUAAGUAAAGCGCAACAGAUUUAACAAUUAGCCCUAUUAUUUGUAGCCUAAUUCUUCACAGAGCCACCCGCAAAAACCGCGUUCCUAAACCCCCAAACUACAUAUGUAUAUUAUUUUUUUGUUUAGCCAAUCGUACAGAAUGAAACACAUAGUAAUCGAAUAUAUAUAUAUAUAAUUAAGUUGUUUAUUUAUUACAUACAUUUGUACAACUAAUGGCGCAAUUCGUAAUUAGCAUUAGCAGGCGUAAGCAUAUGUACAUAAACAAUUACUUAAUUACACGUUAAUAAACCACAGCAAAUGUGCUAGAAUUUAAA